GGGGCCGGGCCGGGCGGGGCGGGCGGAGCCGCAGCCGCCGCCAUGGGGCCGCUCCACUUCACCAGCGAACCGGUACCGGAGGCGGUCAGCGGCGACAUGCAGAACCUCAACCAGCUCAGUGCACAGCAAUUCUCAGCACUGACUGACCUGCUCUUCCACUUUCUGACAGAGCCCAAGGAGGUAGAAAGAUUUAUGACUCAGCUCUCAGACUUUGCCAUCAUGAAUAAAAUCAGCUUGGGCCCCCUGAAAAACAUUGUCCGAAGUAUUCUUCUGGUACCUAAUGGUGCCCUGAAGAGGAAUUUGUCUUCUGAACAUGUCAGAGCAGAUUUUAUUGCUCUAGGUCUCAGUGAAGAGAAAGCCAGUUAUUUUGCACAACAGUGGACAGUGAAUUCCCCUACCCUGACACGCCUGGCUGUUGGUCAGACACUGAUGAUUAACCAGCUGAUAGAUAUGGAGUGGAAGUUUGGAGUGACUGCUGGGAGCAGUGAACUGGAAAAAGUGGGAAGUAUCUUCUUACAGCUGAAGCUGGUGAUUAAAAAAGGGAGCCAAACAGAAAACGUAUAUAUAGAGUUAACUUUGCCCCAGUUCUACAGUUUUCUGCAUGAAAUGGAACGGGUCAAAACCAGCCUGGAAAGCUUCAGCUGAGACUGCCUGGGUCUGGCCAGGAUGUUUAAUUUCUCUCUUGAUCUGCUCUUUCCCACCUGCUCUUAACACCCUGAUAAGAGAAGUCAGGGCUGUGGUGUAACAGUUUGGAAGGACCCAUCAGUCCUUCAGAACCUGAAACACUGGCAAGUGCCUACAAAUCCACACAUCUCUCUUUUUAUACUGUUAAGAGAAAUUGUGGUCAGAAAUAUGUGGAUGCUUGUAUUAAAAUAGCAAAGAAAUAAACCUGUUCCCAUCCUG